UGAAGAUAUUCUAAUUAUAUGACCAGCACCUGUAGAUUUGCAAUUAGUGUAAAUAGCAUGCUGCUAAGAUACUGCUAGUGUAAACAGAAUCCAUUGCUAUUUGCACUUAGUGUAAAUGGCCCCUGCCUAUAUAUUGACAAGUUGGACAGGCGCUGCUAGAACAUUGUGAACUGUGAACUUCUAUUCACAUGUUUCAAGUUGAGAUCAAGCCCAUAAACACUUUCUGUAAGUCGUCUUCUCAGUUUGUCAUGUUGUCUUUGCAUUGUGAAAGUUGAUCACAUUUACUCAUUUUUUUAAAAUUAUAAUAUAGGUUAAAGAAUGAUUAAAUCUUCCUUUUGAAUGAUUAAAUCUUCCUGGUUGUUGCUCUUUACUCUAUAUUUCUGUAAAUCAGUUGGGUUAUUUGUUCAAUGGGUGUUGACAAGUGUCUAGAGGAAGUCAAAGUUGUCAAGAAGCCGUUUCUCACAUGUGCAUAUUGCAGAUUUCUCAUGGCACUUGCAACAUUAGCAUAACUGUAAAAAGAAAGAAAAAGAGGAACUAGAGCUAUUUUCUCUAGUGCCAUGUGAUGGUCACAUUGACUUGAGUUUCUGUAGUUUUUCAGUGAACCCGCAUGUAAAAUAAUCUUUUGAGUUCAGCUUCCGUCUGUCUGAUUGAUUGUGAGGUCUGAUUGACUCAUCAGGGUUUGCUGAGUUUGAAAUGUGCUUUAUAAUGUUCUGUGACUGGAGAAGAAGCGCCUUGCACUCAGACAGAGGAAGUGAAGAGGACCGGAUGUCUGAUAAUAGUUAAGCACUGCAUACAGUACAUCAAGUGUCAUUUCUACGUGACCAUCAAACCCUGUACAUUAAAGCAAGAAUGUUCAGACUAUUCUCUUUGAUUUUUCUGCUCACAAUUCCUGGAUCAACGUCCUAAAAAAAAAAAAAUUGAGUAAAUAAAUGUUCUGACAAAAACUACAGAAGCAUGAUGUAAGUGAAUUGCAGCCAGGAUUGGAAGGUUCAAUACACAAAUAUGAUGAAAUGUGCUCUAAAGGAUUCAACAAUAAUUUUAUCAGGCACUUAUAAAUACCCAGCAGGUCUCAAUGUAACAGAGAUAUUUUGGACCAUAAAUCCAGUUAAACAACAGGAAAACAUCAAUCUGUUUAAUAAUCCAAAUUACACAGGGAGAGUUAAGUAUUUCCCCACUAAAAACCAAACAUUUGCUCUCAGUCUCAGUAAUGUGACACAUGAGGAUAAAGGAAUGUACUGCCUCAGAAUCGUGACAAAUGAAGAAAAACAAAGAUUUCUGGGGUUUCCUGGGAUUGACCUCAAAGUGACAGAGCUUAGAGUGGAGAUUCCUGAAGAGAUCAUUGAGGGACAAUCACCUGUUUUAUUUUGUAAAACCACCUGUAACCUCUCAUAUAAAACAAACUUUACCUGGUAUAAAAACGGCAAACAUUUAUCCGAAUCAGUCGGCUCGAAUCAGCUGUUGCUGCCGUCGGUCAGCAGUGAUGAUACAGGAAACUACAGCUGUGCAGUGACAGAUCAGAAACAUCUGCCGUCUCCUGCCGUCACUCUCAGCGUCAGAUAUCCCCCAAAGGACGUCUCAGUGUCCAUCAGUCCAUCUGGUGAAAUAGUGGAGGGAGAUUCAGUGACUCUGAUCUGCAGCAGUGAUUCAAACCCUCCUGCUCUGAACUUCAGCUGGUUUAAGGAGAAUCAAACUUCAGCUGUUGGAUCUGGACAGAGUUUCAGCAUCUCCAGUGUUAACUCCAGUCACAGUGGAUGCUACUAUUGUGAGGCUCAGAAUAAAUAUGGAUCUCAGAGAUCAGCGUCUGUGUCUGUAACACCUGCAGGUGGCCAGAAAACAGAACCUUCUGGAAAAGUUCUGUACAUAGUUGCUGGAAUCGGGGCCGCGCUCAUCUGCAUCUGUGUCAUUAUUGUAGUAAAAAAAAUCAUGAGUAGGAAAACAGGAGACGCCGGCGUCCAAGGUGGCGUUUCAAAACAGGAAAGUAACGGCACAGCCGUGCCGGCUCCGACGAACACGGCCGAUCCGAAUGAGCUCAUGUACGCCAGCGUCACUCACAAAAGCCCCAAGAAACACCAGAGAGUUGAAGAUGAAGACGAAGUUCAGUACGCCACCGUCCAGCAUCACAGGAACACCGGGAACGCGAGUGCGGAGGCUGGAUGUCAGUAUGGAAACGUGAGAGAUCACCGUGCCGGAUCAAACGAUGAAAAUCAGGCUGAUGAUUCCUCCGUGAUCUACAGCAGCAUCAAAGUUGCAUGAAAACUGGAGCGUCUUAUCAAAAAGCUGCUGAACUAGAAUUGAACUACACUGUAGACAAGUUGUGUCUAAAUUUAGCAAUUAUUUCGCUAAAAAACAAAAGAAAAUGCGAUUUUUGUUUUAUCGAUCGAAUGCAUUAAGAAAAUAAAUAGGGUCAGUUCUAUUUUUUCAUGUGUUUUAAUGUUUGUGUUGAAAUGUGCUCACGUGAUCUUGCGCAGUGCCUUUCAAUGUAGACAUUUUGUGUGAAAAAUAGGAAGUGAAAGCCGUAAAGUACCACUGUGGCCAAACUUAUUAGAACAUUAAUACUUUCACUAGCUAAAAUGGUUUUAAGUCAAUUAUUUCUGUCUUUUGCUGUAGUGUGUCAGUAGGAAAUACCAGUUUACAUGUCCAAACAUUCAUUUUGCCAUUAAUUGUGAUAAUCCAGUGAGAUUUUUGUUUGCACAAGGAGUCUGACAACUGGAGGUCAUCCAGUCUGUCUGGAUUGACAUGAAGAAACAGAACAAACUGAGACAGACUAAAACCAGAGGAACUGUGGCAACAUCUUCAAGGUGUUUCAGGAAACCUUCCUCUAAACAUAUGCGCAAGAGCUGCUUUAAAUGGAAAGGAUGGUCACACCAAAUGUUGAUUUAUUAAGUUAAUUAGUAAAGAAAAACUAUUUAUGACAUUAUUUUUUGACAGCAUCCUCAUUUUACAGCAUUUUUACACAAAUGCCUAAAACUUUUAACAGUACUGUAGCUUUGCAGGAAGGUUUCUUGAAGUUCUGUUUCAUUGUGUCAAUCCAGACAGUCUGGUUUAUGAAACAAAACAUUUUUUUAGCUGGUGAAAAUACUAGUGUUCAAAUAAUUUUGGCCACCACUGUACAUCUUCACCCAAAGCCGCUUUAGCAAAACAUACUUUUCUGAAUGAAUAAAAGGCUUCCUACACUGUAUAAACUGCCUUUGUGAGGAACAGCUUGGUUCAUUUAAUGAACUGACAUGUUGUCAAUAAAUAUUUGUUUUUCUUAAAGCAAACAUGUUUCGCAUUCUCAAGUCUUUAACAACAGUGGAUGUGUGGAGGCGAAUGGAUGUGUUCAUGUUCUUUUGUAUUUUUUCUCGUCUGUAUUGUAUAAAGCGCUAUAUAUCACUAAAGUUGACUUGACUUGAGAAGAAAGAGGAAUAUUGAAAUAUUGAGAAAGAGGAAGGCCGGCGUUCAUUCUAGAUGUGAUAUUUAUUAAUAGUCCAGCAGUUUAACACUUCUCGUUAUGCUGCUGUUCUCAUUAUUUCUUAUUUGUGACCAUUCACAGUGAGAUUUGUUGCAGCACAGUAAGACAAGUUUACACUAGGCCUAUGUUUAUA